CCUUAAAAUGUAUAAAAUUACGAGAAUUAUCUAGAUCUAACUAGGAUAUAGGAAUUGGGAUAUUGGGAUAUGUUCUAACAGAUAUAGAAUUAUUUGAAUUAUCUGAAUAUAUAAAAUGGUUGGAUAAAAUAGUGCAAUAAGAGUCAAACACGAUAAUUCUUUGUGCAAACUAAUACGAUUAACAAGAAUUUAUCAUAUUGCGAACAUUUAAAUUCUAUAGGUUUAGUCAAAAACUAGUCUUUGACCAUUCAGCGAAUCAGUGUCAAUUAUGUUAAAAUUAAUGAAAUAACUUUUAAUAUGCUUGAAAUGUUAAUUGCAAAGAGAAAGAAAAAAAAGGAAAGAAAAAACUCUGAUAUUAAUUAUAGACCAGAUGGAUAUUAAAACCAAAAUUGAAUCUUUAAUAAUUUAAUCUUGAUGUAAAGAAGAAUGUACACUAAUUAAUUGGCAAUAACAACGCUCCGAUAGUCCAUCUACAAUUGGAAAGUAAGCCUUGGGAAGCCUCUCCAAAUCCGUCUGCAAGUUGAGGCUACGUGUCUGUCUCCUGAUAUAACAUCUCCGACACCAAUCUCUUUCUGUACUGGGGUUCCUCAUCCAAAAUUGCAAUGUUUUCCCAAUCGAACUCGUGAUCCUCUUCCAAUCGGUGGUCACUUAUGACCGAAUGUAUGUUCCACCGAAUAUGAUUCCUGUGCUCAGCUAUUAUUAUUUCCAACUGUUUAUUCUACAAAAUUUCGGAAAGUAUCGGAACGUAAGGAACAGUAAACCAUGAAGGCCCCGUACUUUCGAUAUUAUCACUAUUACGUUUCUUUCUCUUAAAAUUAAUGUUUUUCAAUCGUUUGUUAAUACUAUAAAAAAUGAAUUCUAUCUACCAAACCAGCAAUCGUGCCCCUCUUUUGAGAAAUUGGAUGAUGAGACAAGAAAUUCAAGUAACCUCCUCGAAAACGUUAAUUUAUGGUAUCAAAUUCGAUUUUUUAAAUUAUUACUAUUAAUUAAAGUAACAUCCAAAAAAUUGAACCUAUCAUCACUGACAACAGAGACCCCAUGAGAGUGCUAUGUGAGUUUUGCUUAUAUCCUUGCUAAAAAUUCCAAGCAUGUCCGUAUAUGAAUUUGAAUAUACUUGGUCAAAUGUGGUUCAUUGGAAAAUAUCUAAAUUACAUAUGGAGUUCCAGAUAUAUUUCAUGCCGAUUUUGUCUGCAAAUUCUAUUUUAGCAUAUUUGGAUAUUCUAGGAUUAUAGUUCCUACAUAUUGGGACAUAACGGAAUUUCCGUACAGCAAAUUAAACUAGAAUGAUCUGGAAUUCCAAAUAUGGUUCGGACAGAACGGAAUUUGCAAACAAGGGUUGGAAUGGAACAUAUCUGGAAUUCCAAAUAAUGAGACAUAACGGAAUUUUCAUGCAGCAAAUUCGACUUGAAUGAUCUGGAGUUUCAAACAUGCUUCGGACAAAACGGAAUUUGCAGACAAGAGUUGGCAUGGAAUAUACGUAGGCUGUUGGAAAAGUUUCUGCAAUCUAAUACUUCCAGUGGCGCCAACGUUCUGCUACUAUCAUAUCCGUGGACGUAUCUUUCUUUGUGACGAAUUCCGUGAAGGUCGUCCAUCCACGUCUGUUGCCACUAAUGUUGAUGCUGUGCGUGAAAUGAUUGAGCGAGACCGGCAUAUGACAUAUCGCGAGAUUCAGGCAUCCUUAGGCAUUGACAUGAAAGCAAUACAUACGAUUUUGCAUGAUCACUUGAGCGUACGGAAACUUUGCAGUCGUUGGAUCCCACACAAUUUGAUCGAAGCUCAAAAACAGGCUCGUGUUAAAUGGAGCAAAGAAAUGCUCAAGAAAUUCAAUCGAGGUCGGUCAAAUUUGGUCUACAACAUCGUUACUGGGGACGAAACAUGGAUCUAUUCGUAUGAGCCCGAAAGUAAACAACAAUCCACUGAUUGGGUAUUUCAAAAUGAAUCGAAACCAACAAAAGUUGUUCGUUCACGCAGUGCUGCCAAGCAAAUGAUUGCUUGUUUCUUCAGUUAUAUCGGCAUAUGGCAACCGUGGCUUUAGAGGAUCGAAGGAUUGUAAAUACUGAUUGGUAUACAACAAUUUAUUUGCCAGAAAUCAUAAAUGAAUUGCGUAGAAAAAUCAAGAACAAACCGAAAUCGUCGCAUCAUCUUUCAUCAUGACUGCACGUCAAACCGUUGAUUUUUUUAUCCAAUAAAAAUGUCGAAUUAAUAACUCA